CCGCGGCUCCCUCCCUCCCUCCCGGCUGCGCUCGCUCUGCUCCGCCCGGCAGCGGGGCCGGCCCGUGGCGAGGCGGCGCCGGGACCCUGCCCAGCCCGGAGCGGGAGCGGAGCUCGGCCGGGCCGGGCCCGCUGGAGAAGCCCCGCCCGCCUCCCCGGGGGGGCCAUGGCCGAGCGGGCCGCUGCCCAGGCUCCUGCUGUCCCUGAACACACUCCUGUGAGCGAAGCCCAUCAUCACACUACAGAGAUCUCCUUGUGGACAGUAGUGGCUGCCAUCCAAGCCGUGGAGAGGAAGGUGAAUUCCCACGCCACCCGGUUACUGAAUCUGGAGGGGAGAACAGGGACAACCGAGCAGAAGUUAACAGACUGUGAGAGGACAGCGAUGGAAUUUGGUAACCAGCUGGAGAGUAAAUGGACUAUUUUAGGAACUCUGAUCCAGGAGAAUAACUUCCUGCAGAGGAGGCUGGAGAACAUGGAGAACCUGCUGAGAAACAGGAACUUCUGGAUCCUGAGACUGCCCCCAGGCACUAAGGGAGAAGUCCCCAAGGUGCCGGUGACAUUUGAUGACGUCUCCGUCUAUUUUAACGAGCAGGAGUGGGAGAACUUAGAGGAAUGGCAGAAAGAGCUUUACAAGAAUGUGAUGAAGGGGAACUAUGAGACUCUGAUCUCUCUGGACUACGCUGUUUCUAAGCCAGACGUUUUAUCCCGCAUUGAGCGAGGGGAGGAGCCGUGUGUCGGGGAUCAGUGGGAAUCCCUGGAAGGAUUGGAGGGAAGAGUCCAGAAGAAGGAAGGGCUGGUGGAAAGAGAAAUCCCUGUGGACCCCAGCGCAGGCCAUGCCAUUUCAAACCCUGACAUCCUGCCCCGGGCUGAAGGAGGGGAGGAGCCGUGUAUCGGGGCCCAGGGGGGUUCGGCGGACAGAGAAAUUCCCCUGGAGCCCAGUACAGAAUCACCAGUUUCCACAUCUGCCCCUUUACCCUGGAUCAAAGAGGAGGAAGAGCUGGAUGCUGGGGACCAGCAGGAACUGGGGGAAGGAAGAAUUCUCACAGGCUCCAGCAUGGCAAAUGAUGGGACAGCAAGCAAAGAGGAGGAGAAGCCCCAGGAGGGAUGUCUGGAAAAGUUAGAACCACAAGAGGAGGUUUUGCAGAGCCUACCGCAGGGAGCGGCUGCACAGCUGUCUAACCCUGCAGUCAUCAGAAUGGAGCAAUCAACCCAGUGUGGCCGAGACUUCGGCCUGCUUAAGGGCUUUGUGGUGCAGCCGGGAGAGAAGCCCUUUGCCUGCGGUGAAUGUGGGAAAAGCUUCCGGCUGAAGGGGAAUUUGGUCAAGCACCUGCGGAGCCACGCCAAGGUGCGGCCCUACAAGUGCACCGAGUGCGAGAAGAGCUUCAACUGCCAGUCGGACCUGCUGCGACACCAGAUGAUUCACCGCGGGGAGAAGCCCUACAAGUGCAGCGAGUGCGAGAAGAGCUACAGCCGCAAGGUGUAUCUGCUCAACCACCAGCGUGUGCACACGGGGGAACGGCCCUUCCAGUGCACGGUGUGCGAGAAAAGCUUCCGGCAGAAGGCCGUGCUCAUCUCGCACCAGCGCCUGCACACUGGCGAGCGCCCCUACAAGUGCACCCAGUGCGACAACAGCUUCAGCGAGAAGUCCAAGCUCAACAACCACUACCGCAUCCACACGGGAGAGUGGCCUUACAAGUGCACCAAGUGUGACAAGAGCUACAGUCGCAAGGUGUACCUGCUCAACCACCAGCGCCUGCACACCGGUGAGCGGCCCAUCCAGUGCACUGAGUGCAGCAAGAGCUUUGUGCUCAAGACGAGCUUCUUGAAGCACCAAAGAAAUCACGUGGAAGAGAGACUCCACCAGGGCAGCCCUGUUGCUAAAAGCCAUGGUGGGUCUGUCGACCAUCAGGGUAAUGACCCAGGAGAAGGGCUCAAAUGCCACAUUGAGUGUGGAAAAAGCUUCUCGGGGAAGCCUGAGCUAGAGACACACCAGCAAGUCCAUAUCCGGGAGCGGCCACAUCAGUGUGGCACAUGUGAGAAAAGCUUCCGAUACGAGGAAUCUCUGAAAGAACAUCAGAGUCUCCACAGCACAGAGCAAGGGCAUCCGGAGGUUUCUCGGAGCCCCAGACAGGGAGCAGAGGCCGGACUCCUGGUUGUAAAGAUGGAAGAUACGUGGUAGCCAGUGCAGUUAAUGUACAGCAGGCGCGUUAGUCAGACAAAAGGCAAGAGGAGGGGUUGAAAUGUCCAUGGUUUAGAGAGAGGUUCACCUCAUCAGAUCUGACUGUGUGUCUGAGCCCUUGGAGGAGAGGUGAAAACCCAGCCAGUGGACUUCCUUCUGUCACCACCUGAAAGGGGAACCAGGGACACUAGCUGGGGAGGAUUCUUCUCUCUCAACUGAAAAUGCAGCAAUGGCAGCGUGGGGACACGCAGGGGAACCAGCUUCUGCUUGGGGAAUAUCCCAAGCAGCCGGACGGGACCGGGAGAGGAAGAACUUAGAAGGGACAUGAAUGACUGGGAGUAGGAGGGGGAUGGGCACUCUGUAUAGAAGGCCUGUCGCUGGGCCUCACUGGACAAGACUGAAUUGCAAUUGCUUGAGCUGUAAGCUGACAUCUCAAGUUCAGCCCCAUGGCCCAGGUCCAAUAUAGUUUUGGAGGUCUGGUCUGCUCUUGUUCCUAAGGCGACCCUCGCUUUAGCUUUCACUCACCUUGAGGUCAUGUGAAUUCUCUAGUGACUCCAGCAGAAGAGGGACUCAGGAGUAAAAUGAAAAAGGGGAGAUAAUGAGAAAUGCCCUGAAAAAAGUGGGGAACACAUGGGAAGUUAGUACUGCUAGUAAAUUCAAAGAGAUGUUCUACCCGAAUCCUGACCCAGGAACUAUCUGGGCAGGUCACCACAGUGGAGCUUUUCACUUGGGCAGGUGGGGUGCGUGUGUGUGUGUGGGGGGGGGGGAGGAAUAGUUGAGCUGCUUCUUACAACGUAACAUGUACAAAUCUGAUCAUGACUCUUAAGACCUAAAGUUAACACUGUCACCUCAUCCUUCAGAGUGAGAAGGCGUUGUUCCUACCUCCCCCGCAACACCACCUGGCCAUUUCAUUUCAUUUCAUUUCGAUGUACAUACUGUAAUUAGCAUUGUCCACUGUUACCCAAAGCUUAACAGGGCCUCUUGAAUGAGUCCAGCAAUAGGGACAUGUACUGCUACAUGGCAGCGAGCUUGCAGGUAUCUGCUACAGUGUUCAGGAUAUUGUAAAUAUAAUUAAGAAGCAAAUCACACUUUUAACAUGGAACCUACUGCAAUGUGUAGAGACAGGCGGUGGGGUGACGGGUGCUGUUGCUUUCUCCUUCCAGCUGCUCAUGUGCUUCUUCAAGCCCCCUUGCAUUGGUUCUCUCCUUACUGAUUUUUAAUAUGUUUACACUAAUCAGGAAGCAGAACCUUCACUCCCACCCAAAAGACGCUGCUAACUCUUGCAGUCUUGUCUCAAGUCUUGGGAUACUGGGUGUUUUUCAAGACCCAUCUAGAGGCAACUGAUUACAGGAGGCUCUAAGCUUUUGUUUAACACCCCCCCCCCCCACACACACACACUUCUGUUCCUUGUUGUGGAGAAAAACUUGAAAAUGUGACCAAGUGUAACCUAAAAUCUCAAGUAUCAGAGGGGUAGCCAUGUUAGUCUGUAUCCAC